AAUCUCAUCGGACCAGCCUACUGACUGGUGUUUGUAUUCGUCUGGCUAAAUUGUUGGCUUUUUUUGUGAAUAACAAAUCUUCUGAGCAUUCGCACCCAGUCGUCAGUCACCCCAAAAUAGCGAGGAUGAUUCCGACCGAGGAUGCGUCUGCUAGGAAGCGGGAGAUUGAGGAGAAACUAAAGCAGGAGCAAGAAACCCUGGCAUUUAUUCGCGAGAACUUAGAGAAGAGUGACCAGUUAACAAAGGGGAUGGUGUCCAUUCUGUCGUCGUUUGAGAGCCGGCUGAUGCAGCUGGAGAACUCCAUCAUCCCCGUGCACAAGCAGACGGAGAACCUGCAGAGGCUGCAGGAGAACGUGGACAAGACCCUCUCCUGCAUGGACCACGUCAUCAGCUACUACCAUGUGGCCAAGGACACAGACAAGAUCAUCAGAGAGGGACCCACAGGGCGCCUGGACGAGUAUCUGGCCUGCAUUGCAAAGAUCCAGAAAGCUGUGGAGUACUUCCAGGAUAACAAUCCUGACAGCCCAGAACUCAACUUAGUGAAAGCCAGGUUUGAGAAGGGAAAGGAGAGCCUGGAGGCUGAGUUCCGCGGCCUGCUGACGCGCUACAGCAAGCCCGUGCCGCCCAUCCUCAUCCUGGACGCCAUCGGGGUGGACGAGGAGCUGGAGAUCCAGGAGGAGGUGACGCUGGAGCACCUGCCCGAGGCCGUGCUGCAGGACAUCAUCAUCAUCUCCGGCUGGCUGGUAGAGUACGGACGCAACCAGGACUUCAUGAACGUGUACUUCCAGAUCCGCUCCAACCAGCUGGACCGAUCCAUCAAGGGGCUGAAGGAGCACUUCCGCAAGAGCAGUGCCUCCUCUGGCAUCCUCUACUCUCCGGCGGUGCAGACCAAACGCAAGGACACCCCCACCAAGAAGGCCCCCAAAAGACCAGUCUACAUCCCAGGGACCAUUCGCAAGGCUCAGAACCUUCUGAAACAGUACUCUCAGCAUGGGCUGGAUGGCAAAAAAGGGGGCGCUAACCUCACCCCUCUGGAAGGGAAGGACGAAGUGCUGGACGUCGAGAUAGACUCCUACAUCCACUGUAUCAGCGCCUUCGUCAAGCUGGCCCAGAGCGAGUACGCUCUGCUCUCGGAGAUCAUUCCGGAACACCACCAGAAGAAGACCUUCGACUCGCUCAUUCAGGAGGCUCUUGAUAACCUGAUGUUGGAGGGCGAUAAUAUUGUAUCUGCAGCACGCAGGGCCAUCCUGCGUCACGACUACUCUGCCGUCCUCACCAUCUUCCCCAUACUGAGACACCUGAAGCAGACCAAGCCCGACUUUGACUCUACACUGCAGGGCACAGCGGCCAGCACCAAGAACAAGCUCCCGACCCUCAUCACGUCCAUGGAGACCAUUGGGGCCAAGGCCCUCGAGGAGUUUGCAGACAGCAUUAAGAAUGACCCUGAUAAGGAAUACAACAUGCCCAAGGAUGGAACAGUCCAUGAGUUGACUAGCAAUGCCAUCCUGUUCCUGCAGCAGCUGCUGGACUUCCAGGAGACCGCUGGGGCCAUGCUGGCCUCUCAAGUCCUCGGGGACACUUACAAUAUACCUUUAGACCCCCGAGAGACCAGCUCGUCUGCCAGCAGUUACAGCUCUGAGUUCAGCAGACGACUCCUCAGUACAUACAUAUGUAAAGUUCUGGGUAACCUACAACUGAACCUACUCAGCAAAUCCAAAGUGUAUGAGGACCAAGCCCUCAGUGCCAUAUUCCUCCACAACAACUAUAACUACAUCCUCAAGUCCCUGGAGAAAUCAGAACUGAUCCAGUUGGUUGCUGUGACUAAUAAGAAGGUUGAGAGUUCUUAUAGGGAACUGAUACAACAACAAAUCCAGGUGUACCAACGCAGCUGGUACAAAGUAACAGAGCACUUGACUGAUCGGAAUGUGCCGGCAUUUCAACCUGGUACCAAGUUGAAAGAUAAAGAACGACAAGUGAUCAAAGACAAGUUCAAGGGUUUCAACGAUGGCCUGGAGGAGCUGUGUAAGAUCCAGAAAGGCUGGGCCAUCCCCGACAAAGAGCAGCGGGACUGCAUCCGUCAGGCCCAGAGGAGGGUAGUUUCCGAGACCUACAGGGCCUUCCUACAGAGGUAUGCCAACAUCUCGUUCACGAAAAAUCCAGAGAAGUAUCACAAGUACAGGCCUGAAGACGUGGAGGAAAUGAUCGGGAGGCUUUUCGACACCUCAGCUUGAGUUCCUGUCAGUCGCCAUGGCAACAACAGCCCAUUGCUCUCCUUGCACAUUUCCUUGCUCAUCUCAACCUCCUGCUUUUUUUGGGUCCCCUUGGAGCCAAAGUUGGUUUUUAUUUGCAUUUUGUUUUUGUUUUUGUUUUCUUUUUGUAUAAAAACACUAUUUAUGUAAACUCCGCAUUUGUUGUUGAGAUUAAUACACUAUGAAUAAAUGCAAGAAAUUAUGUUA